AUGUCUGGCCCGCCGUCUCGCCUGCGCUCCGUCCUGGGCCACCUCUGGGGCCCGGGCCACGGCCACGAGACGACGACCCCGAACCACAUCCACCAGCUCUCGCCCACCUUCUUCCUCGAGCGCGCCGCCGCCAUCGAGCCCAACGCCGAGGCCGUCUACCACGUGACGGCCAACGGCCGCGUCCUGCGCCGCGACUACCAGGAGCUCGCGGACCGCGCGCGCGGGCUGGCCUACUACCUCCUGCGCCGCGGGUACCGGCGCGUCGGCAUCCUGGCGACCAACACGCCCGCCUUCCUCGAGUCCAUCUACGGCGUCAUCGCCGCCGGCGGAGUGCUCGUCCCCGCCAACUACCGCCUCAAGCAGGACGACAUCACGUACAUCUUUGACUUUGCCGAGGUCGACCUGAUCAUCGUCGACGCCGAGUUUGAGCACCUGCUCGCCGGGUUCAAGAAGGGGCAUCCCAAUGUGCCGUUGCUCGUCGAUACGGACACUGACGCUACGGAGGGCGAGCUGUCGGGGCCCUUUGACGAGGCUGUCCUCGAGGGUCUGACGUUUGACCGCGAGAACGGGGCUCACGGCUGGGCGGGCCUGCAGUCUGCCCGGGUAGCGAAUGAGGACGACAUGAUCGCCAUCCCCUUCACCUCGGGGACGACGUCCAAGCCCAAGGGUGUCGUGUACACCCACAGGGGAGCGUAUCUGGCGGCGGUAGGCAACAUCGUCGAGUCUGGCUUGAACGUGCCGUUCGGCCGGUGCAAGUAUCUCUGGACACUGCCCAUGUUCCACGCCAUGGGAUGGACGUUCCCCUGGUCGGUCUGCGCCGUCCGCGGAACGCACGUCUGCCUGCGCAAGAUCGACUACCCCCUGAUCUGGAAGCUGCUCAAGGAGGAGGGCAUCACGCACUUCAACGCCGCGCCCACCGUCAACACCCUCCUCUGCGCCUCCCCGCAGGCAGAGCGCCUGCCGCAGCCGGUGCAGGUCACCGUGGCCGCCAGCCCGCCGACCGCACACCUCUUUGAGCAGAUGACCGACCUCAACCUGCACCCGGUCCACGUCUACGGCAUGACCGAGACCUACGGGCCCAUCACAAAGGGCUACAUCCUGCCCGAGUGGGACGCCCGGCCCAAGCACGACAAGUACGCCCUCAUGGCGCGCCAGGGCCACGGCUUCCUCACCAGCCUGCCCAUCCGCGUCAUCAAGCCCGACCGGCCCGAGGACGAAGCCCCCGUCGACGUGGCCCGCGACGGCCGCGAGAUGGGCGAGAUCGUCUUCGCGGGCAACAUCUGCGCCAAGGGCUACUACAAGGACCCCGAGGCCACGCGCCGGCUCUUCGCCGGCGGCGUGCUGCACUCGGGCGACCUGGCCGUGUGGCACCCGGACGGCAGCGCGCAGAUCCAGGACCGGGCCAAGGACAUCAUCAUCUCCGGCGGCGAGAACAUCUCCUCGGUCGCCCUCGAGAGCAUGCUCGUCGAGCACCCGGACGUGCUCGAGGCCGGCGUCGUCGCCGUCUCCGACUCGCACUGGGGCGAGCGGCCCAAGGCCUACCUGACGGCGCGCGAGGGCCGGGCCAUCGAGCCCGCCGCCUUCAUCGCCUGGUGCAAGCACCAGAGCGCCAUCAGCAAGUUCAUGGUGCCCCGCGAGGUCGAGGUCGUGCCCGAGCUGCCCAAGACGAGCACGGGCAAGAUCAAGAAGAACGUGCUGCGCGAGUGGGCCAAGCACGGCCGCCGGGAGGGGCAGUAG